AUGGACGCCUCAACUAAGUCAACAAAAGAAGUGAUUAAGGCUGCGUUUGACGUGGCAAGGGCUAAGCUCACCGAUCCAAGUUCUCUUCGGGAUGCGGAAAAGCAGGUGGAUGAGCAUCAUCCCUUGGAAGUUCAAACUAUCUAUCCUAAUCUUGAAUAUCCUCAGCUUUUAACCGACACUUUCACACAUGUUGGAUGUGAAGUUUCUAAAAAAGGAGGCAACCAAAAACUUGUUUGUGUUUUUGGCAGCACGAUUGAAGAUAAGAGCGACACUAAGCCUUACAAACAAGGAAAGCCAGGCUCGCAGUGCCGCAGAACCUCACUCGAGCCUUACAUGCCUUUAUGUAUCUACAAAGGCAUUGGCAAAAAAUGA